GAACAAGAGUUGAGUGAAUCAAAAAACGAGAAUUUUGAAAAUUGGUUGUAUUUGGGGCGAAUUUGUAACAAUGGUACGCCUGUACGUACCCAGUGUACCAGGCGCUACGCCAAUGACCAGUUAUUUAAUAGUAAGAUAUGACAGAUAUGACGAUUUGAUUUUGGAUUAGAGACAGCUGUCGGAAUACGCCAUAUUGGAUUUAUAGCCACGAGGGUUCGAAACUUCAAUAGUUUUGCCUCUACACUGCAGUCGGUUUACCAAAAUCGGUCAAAAUGCCGACCAGUCAGCCUCUGCCUCCCAAGGAAAAUGCUCUGUUCAAAAGAAUUUUGAAAUGUUAUGAGCAGAAGCAGUAUCGCAAUGGACUGAAAUUUGCCAAAGGGAUAUUAUCCAAUCCAAAAUAUGCAGAUCAUGGGGAAACUCUCGCCAUGAAAGGUCUGACAUUAAACUGCAUGGGAAAGAAAGAAGAGGCCUACGAAUUUGUGAAGAAGGGACUUAGAAAUGAUCUUAGGAGUCAUGUCUGCUGGCAUGUGUAUGGUUUGCUGCAGAGGUCUGACAGGAAGUAUGACGAAGCAAUCAAAUGUUACCGCAAUGCACUUAAGUGGGACAAGGACAACUUACAGAUUCUGCGUGAUUUGUCAUUGCUGCAGAUUCAGAUGAGAGAUCUGGAGGGCUACAAGGACACACGCUAUCAGCUGUUGGUACUCCGUCCAGGUCAGCGUGUCUCUUGGAUUGGUUAUGCCAUGGCAUUCCAUCUAAUGAAGGAUUAUGAUAUGGCGCUUAGUGUUCUAGCAGAGUUCAGGAAGACCCAGACUCCAAAGACGUUUGACUAUGAGCAAAGUGAGUUACUUUUAUAUGAGGCUAAGAUCAUGGAAGAGGCUGGUAUGAAGAAGGAAUCCUUGGAACAUCUUGACAAGUAUGAGACUGACAUUGUUGAUGUCCUCGCAGCAACAGAAACCAAAGCUCAUCUGUGUAACAACAUGGAUCAGAAAGACAAAGCAGCUGAACUAUACAAGAAACUCUUAGAAAGAAAUCCAGAGAAUUUUGCUUACUACAAAGGACUUGAAGAUGCCUUACAAAUAAAGAGUGUUGAUGAUAGACUGAAAAUAUACAAUGAUGUAUUAGAAACAUAUCCUAGGGCCUCAGCACCAAAGAGAUUGCCCAUCAACUUCACAUCUGGCAGUACAUUUAAAAAACUGGUUGACACUUACUUGAAGAAGGCAUUAAUAAAAGGAGUACCCCCAUUAUUUGUCACACUUAGGUCUCUAUACUCUGAUCCUGAAAAGGUUUCAAUUAUAGAAGACUUACUAUUAGGCUAUAUAGAUUCAUUAAAAUCAGAGGAGGUGUUCAACAAAUCAGAUGAAGCAUCAGAGAAACAGCCACCAACCACAUUACUGUGGACUUAUUUCUUUAUUGCACAACAUUAUGACCAACUGGGUCAAACCACAGUAGCCCUGCAGUACAUCAGCACAGCACUAGAGCAUACAACCACUCUCAUAGAGGGAUAUGUAGUAAAGGCUAGAAUAUAUAAGCAUGCUGGUGAUAUAGAUGAAGCUGUGAAAUGUCUGGAUGAGGCCCAGUCAUUGGAUACUGCUGAUAGAUACAUCAACUCUAAGUGUGCCAAGUACAUGUUAAGAGCUAACAUGGUUAAAGAAGCAGAGGAUAUGUGUUCAAAGUUUACUAGGGAGAAUAUCCCUGCCAUGGAGAACCUAAAUGAGAUGCAGUGUAUGUGGUUUGAAACAGAGUGUGCCGCUGCCUUCCAGAGAUUGGCAAAAUGGGGAGAUGCAUUGAAAAAAUGUCAUGAAAUAGAUAGGCACUUUACUGAGAUCAUUGAGGACCAGUUUGACUUCCACACGUAUUGUAUGCGGAAGAUGACACUCAGGUCUUAUGUAGGGCUAUUGAAACUGGAGGAUGUCUUGAGGAGGCAUCCGUUCUACUCCAAGGCAGCUAAAAUCGCAAUAGAAAUUUACGUACACCUUCAUGACCACCCAGUGGCAGACAGUGAUGAGAACAUUAGCAAAGAUCAAGAAAACCUAACACCUAGUGAACUAAAGAAGUUACGUAACAAGCAGCGGAAAGCGCAGAAGAAGGCACAGCAACAGAAGAGCAAAGAGAAACAAGAACAAGACAAAAGAGAAUCUAAACCAAAGCCAGCUGACCCAGAGGUCGAGGGUCCCAAAGAGGAAGAGCUUAUUCCUGCAUCUUUACAAAAACCAGAAGAUCCAUUAGGCGAAGCAAUCAAAUUCCUACGGCCCCUACAGCAACUUGCUAGGGAAGAUAUGACAACGCAUAUAUUAGCUUAUGAAAUAUAUUCUAGGAAAGGAAAAAUACUUCUAAUGUUUCAAGCAAUAAAAAGAGGGCAUGCAAUCGACUCAAAUGAUCCUCGGUUACAUGUUUGCUCAGUCAGGUUCUUACAAAAAGUGCAAGCAAGUGGUGAAUUAGCUGAUGCAGUAAAAACAGUCUUAGAAGAAGGAAUUAAGUCAAUUUAUGGCCAACAUACGCCCGAUACUCUCAAUAAAGAAUUUCUCAACAGAAAUACAAACUCUCUCAUGCAUCAGUUUGCAGGUGCUAAGAUGCUUUAUGAACUGCAUAAGAAUAGCAAGGAGGCAGUGAGUUUAAUUACAAACCUGGGUGAUGAUGACACCAAAGGGGUCACUCCACAGAAUUGUGCUGAGAUCCUGACAUCAUUGUGUAAAGGAGAAUUAGGAGACUGUCCUGUUGAAACGGAAGCUUUCAAAGCUGCCUGUCACGCUCGCUUCCGUGUUGCGACAUUUUUCAAAAGUCCUAAAUCUGAAACCAUGAAUGGAGGGGACGUUGCACAACCUAUCACUAAUGGACCAGAAACUAGUGAACCGUGAAUAAAUGGGAUAUUAUUUAAAAUUGGAGUGAAAUUGAGGAAUCAACGUGCAUGGAGUUAAUGGAAUAAUCAGUGUUAAAUUAUGACAUAAAUGAUUUAAAAUUAAGUAAAAUUUAUGAAUGCUGUAGUGUGAUCAAGGUUAUUUGUCAGGUGUCAUCUGCACCUCUUUGAUGUCAUCUGUACCACUCUGAUGUCAUCUGGACCUCUGAUGUCAUCUGCACCUCUGAUGUCAUUUGCACUUCUCUAAUGCCAUAUCAGUUUUCUCAAAGCAAAUAUGAAAUACCAUAAUUUUUUAUUAUAUAGUAUUGAACAUUUGUUUGUGGGAGUUAUUUUCCAUCUGAUUGUAUUUGCAUUUUAUUCUCUGAUCAUGAAAUGAGCAUUAUGAAAUCAGCU